AGUUGCAUGGAGUGUGUGUGGCAGCACAGAGGGGUGGAGUCCAGUCCCACAGCCAGGUGCGGCACUUUAAUGCUUCAGUUGGAUGGUUUUCCUACUGGAGACGGUGUUAAGGCUGAUCGAUCGGCUGGCAGACUGACUGGAUCCAUGAUGGAAUUACAGACGUUACAGGAGGCUCUGAAGGUGGAGAUCCAGAUCCAUCAGAAACUGGUUGCCCAGAUGAAGCAGGACCCUCAGAACGCAGACCUGAAGAAGCAGCUCCACGAACUUCAAGCGAAGAUCACAGCGCUCAGUGAGAAGCAGAAGAAGGUGGUGGAGCAGCUGAGGAAGGAGCUGUUGGUGAAGCAGGAGCCAGAGGCAAAGCUGCAGCUGCACAUCCAAACUCCUCCAGUAGGUGGCGACAUCAAGCCGAGCGGCCUGCUGCAGAGCCAGCAGAUACCUGGAGGACUGCAGCAGACCCUGACAGUCACUCCGGUCCUCACCACGAAGACUCUACCUCUGGUGCUGAAAGCUGCCGCCACGCCCACCCUGCCCGGCUCUGUCCUGCCGCAACGCCCGGCCACUGUCGCCAUGGUAACCACGGCUAUCACCAGACCCGACUCGCAGAACGCCCCCAUCAACCUGCAGGUGACCAGCAAGCUGACCAAUCAGAGCUCAGAGCCCGUGCGACUGGUGUCCAAGAACGCCAUGGUGGUGCAGGCCACCACCACCACCGCGCAGCCAAUCAAAGUUCCUCAGUUUGUCCCUCCUCCUAGACUGACGCCUCGACCCACCUUUCAGCCACAGGUCAGGCCAAAACCAGCCACACCCACCAACGUCCCCAUCGCCCCGGCCCCUCCCCCGCCCAUGAUGGCGGCCCCCCAGCUGCUCCAGAGGCCCGUCAUGUUGGCUACCAAGCUGUCGUCCUCGCUGACCUCGGCGGCUCCCAUCCACCAGGUCCGGAUCGUUAACGGGCAGCCCUGCGGUAAGACCGGCUCCACCCCGCUGACGGGCAUCGUCAUCACCACGCCGGUCUCUGCUACCGCCACCCGCCUCGCCAGCCCCGCCCAGGCGCCCAACCCCACCCCCAUCCCCGCCCCGACUCCUGCCCAGCCGAUCCAGAUCAGCAGCCUGACCACUGAGCCCAAGCAGACUGUUAAAUCAGGAGGUGGAGCAGAGCAGAAAGCUGUCGUCAGCCUCCCCUCUUCCUCCACUCCUCCGUUGUCUCCUCCUCCUCCUCCCAGACCCAAGAAAGAGGAGAACCCAGAGAAACUGGCCUUCAUGGUGUCUUUGGGUCUGGUAACACACGACCACUUGGAAGAAAUUCAGAGCAAAAGGCAGGAGCGGAAGAGAAGAACAACGGCCAACCCGGUGUACAGCGGCGCCGUGUUUGAACCUGAGAGGAAAAAGAGCGCAGUGAGUUACCUGAACAGCCCUCUGCACCAGGGGACCAGGAAGAGAGGUCGCCCACCCAAAUACAGCAGCGUCCCGGAGCUGGGCAGCCUCACCCCGACCUCCCCCUCCAGCCCCGUCCAUCCCCUCCCCCUGCCCAGCCCCAGCUCUGGGGAUGGAGACAUCCAUGAGGAUUUCUGCACUGUGUGCAGACGCAGUGGCCAGUUGCUCAUGUGCGACACGUGUUCUCGUGUUUAUCACCUGGACUGCCUGGAUCCACCCCUGAAAACCAUUCCUAAAGGCAUGUGGAUCUGUCCAAAAUGUCAAGAUCAGAUCCUGAAAAAAGAAGAAGCCAUUCCCUGGCCUGGUACGCUGGCUAUUGUUCAUUCCUACAUCGCUUACAAAGAAGCUAAAGAAGAGGAGAAACAGAAGCUGAUGAAAUGGAGUUCUGAACUGAAACUGGAGCGCGAGCAGCUGGAACAGAGAGUCAAACAGCUCAGCAACUCCAUAACGAAAUGCAUGGAGACCAAAAACACCAUCCUGGCUCGUCAGAAAGACAUGCAGCUUUCCCUGGAAAAAGUCAAACAUCUGAUUCGCCUCAUCCAAGCCUUCAAUUUCAGCCACGCUCUGGCAGAGACAGAGGGUAAGGACGUCAGUACCAGAGUCCAGGACUGUGCAGAAGGUGCAGUCGGCUCUGAAGCUGCACCGGAAGCCAACUCUGUAGAGAAAGUGAAGGCUGGGAGCUCCUCAGCCAGCAGCAACGCUGAUGGAAACGACAAACAAGAGGAGCACGGAGCCACAGGGAACAACCAGACAACAGGAGCAGCAGGAGGAGACUCCAACAGCCAGGCUGUCCUAGAAGACAGCGCAGUCCUAACAGCAGAUAACAGCCCCGGUGUAGGGGCAGGGGGUAAGGCAGGGCCUGGUGUUGGGGCAGGGGGAGGGGGUGACACGGGGACUGGUCUCCUGGUGGACGUUGUGGCCAAGCCUGAGACUGAGGCAGCUCCGGCGGUUGACAUUCCCGCUUCCUCAGUGGUCGCGACUGUUGCCACCACCAAUGGCACGGCCGAGCCGGCCUGCCCUGACCACAGCCCCGCAGGAGGCUGCACCACCAACUCUGAGAACAAGAUGACUGCCGUCAACCCUCCAGUGACAGCGGUGGAGAAGAAACAGGAGAUCCCUGACAGUGACGGCAGCAACACCAACAACAGCAAAACCUCAGAACCCUCCCAGCAUUCUUUGCCAGCUCUUGUCAGCAGUUUGGACAAUAAAAAGUAAUGCUAUGUCUCUUGAGCUGUGGGAAUUCAAACAUAUAUAUAAAAAAAAGACUUUUGCUUGCACCGUACGGUGCCCUGAAGUUGCCAAUCUGUAUAAAUGUUGUUUGUUUGCAUUGUAUUGUCAGACUGUGUCAAUGGUAGAUAUACAGCCCAAGUCACAUGGUUCUGGGAAGAUGUAGGCCGUUCCGCCCACAGAGCUGGGCUACAGGAAGGCUUACGUACCAGUGUCAUCAUGCCAAUUAGUGAUAGACGUCAGUGGUGGGAAUGCUCAAAGGGAGAUUUAAUUCAUCAUCACACCAGUGUGUGCCUGUUACAGUGGCCCCUGUGUUCUCUUGUGGGGGGGGGGGAGAUGGGUUCACAGAGAAAACCGAGAACAUGGAACCAAACAUCUGUCAGGGGUUACUGGUCUAAAAAGCAGUGUUGUGAUAGAGUAUGUGUACUGAAAGGAGAACCUGUUCAUCCCCUCGUCCCAACGAACUUAAUGUGAACAACCGUUAAUUUCUGAAAUCCCACGACCCCGAUCUCCUCUACCUUUGGACAACCCUAAACCUUAACCAAUAAUUCUUACCUUUCCCAGUCAGCUAACCCCUAACCCCUACUCCUCCCGAUCUUAAACCAAAUUCCCCGACUUCCCCAUUAACCAAUAGCUUCUUCAGUCGACAAAAACCUAUAACCUUUCCUAUCCUUCCCCGGUCCACCAACAAUCCAAUGUGACCUCCCUCUUAAACCCCCAAAAGGUUCAGUACACUUCAAAUGAACUAGUUUGUAAAAAAAAAGUUCAGGCAAAAGUAUUUAUAGCUGUUGUGAACGGCCACACUCGAAGGCGAGAUGAAAAGCCGGCUGUUCGUUCAAGAAAUGGGAUAACGGCACACACUUUCAGACAGUCUCUCCUGGAAGAAAGUCACGGUGUUGCACUUGUUUGUACACACCAAACAAAAAAAAGAGAGAAGUUGAAACUAUACCUACUUUCUCACAGCCUCUCACCCGGCCAAUCACUGCGUUAAGUGGGUGUGAUCGUUGGAUUGUUGGUUUGGGAAAGUUACAAAAAUUGCCAGAAGCUUUGUUUGCAGCAUACUGACACCUUUAGAGUGAUGUCAGUAACUUCUCCAUCAACCUACGACUUAAGCCGUCUUCAGUCAACAGAAAAACAUAACCUACUGACCGCUAGCAGUUACCUUCCCCUCGUGACUAAAACCCAAAUUUACCUUCCCCAGUCCGCCAACGAUCUUACAUGACCUCCCUCUUGAACCCAGAUGGAUUCAGUAUGCUUCAAACAAACUAGUUUGUGCGAAGUGUCGUCCGAACGCAAACCGAACGUUACAAAAAUUGUCAGAUGCAGCCCCCACCCCAUUCGGAAGUUUGUCGGGACUUGAGUUUCAGACGCUGUUCGACGAUCCAAAACGCACUUCGUUUGAAGCAUACUGAUGCCUUUAAACCAACGUCCUUAACUUCCAGAUCAGCCUAUAACUUAAACUGUGUUCAUUCAACAAAAAACACAAUCUGUCCUAUCGACUAGUAGCCUUCCCUAGUGACUAAAACCCAAACCUCCUUCUGGAACCCUAACAACCCUAACCCAGCUAACUGAAGACUCCACCAAUGACCAAACGUCCUCUACCAACCAACAGUCUCAGUUAACUUCCCCUCCCCCCAUCUCUUUCCCCACCUGUAUCCCUGAGCUCAGGCAGAAAAGACGCUGAGCGUCGCGUUCAGCAGGUACGGAGGACGAGGUCGAGCAGGCGCGGUAGCCUAACAGAUGUUAUCAGUGGUGUCGGUCAAGUGUAGUGAUUGAGUUUUUCAUUCGUGAGUUAAGUGUGUCAACUGUGAGCACUAAAUGUGAAAUUGCAAUAUUGCAAUGUCAACACACACAAACUAUAUCUGGGCUGUGUUUCUUUUUUAUAGGAAAAGAUAUUCAGGUCUUCCUAGUCUUCAGAAUAAGUGCUUUCUGUUCCUGAACCUGCUGGACUGGCAUUAUCAACACAAAAAGGAAUCCUCUUUUUGAAGUGGUGAUCUUUGCAUUAUGUACAUUUCUUUUGAAUCCUGAACUGCCAAAAUGAUGUUGUAUCCAAAUUCAGCAGGGACAAGUCCACUUACUGUAUUGAAAGAUCAAAUCAUUGGCGUUGUAAGAUAUAGAUGCUACCAUUUCAGAAAUUGGAAGUCCCCAGAUUGAGACAGGAGAGCUUAUUAAACAAUAACAUUAAAGGAACUUUUUUUUCCUUGAAAUGGAGGGAUUUGUUGUAUGAACCUGCUCCUUCAGAUGGAUCUCAAAGGACAAUACCACAAAUCCUGAGAUUAAAGCACAAGCUUGCUGCAUUACAAAGAAGUGCUGAAGAGCUUUUUGUAUGUUAAUAUGGAAUUAAACAGAGUAUGCAUCUCUUUGUUGUGAUGUGACUUAUCCCCACAUUGCCAAUAUUUUUCUAGGAGGAAAUACAAACCUCUGUCUGACAUUAAGGCUCAAGUCUAGUUCAUAUUUUUGGGAGGAAUUGCUGGGCUUCUUUCUAAGAAACCCCUUCGUCCCCUCACAGUUAGACUAGUGCAUCUCUUUUCUUUCUGGAGCAUGUCUGGGCUGAAAUGUGAUGCUGUUAUUUGUUGGCUUGGUGGCUGUCAGUUCAGGUCUGUCUUUGUCUGGUGAACUGAUCAUGACUUCUGGCUUCUUGUUGGGUACGGGGCAUUAACAAACUCUGGUCUGUUCAUUAACGGUGCCUCUGGUUGUGCUGGAUUUUUGUUUUUUGUUUGUUUGUCUCUUUCUUUGUUUUUGCAAUAUUGGAGCGUUUUUACUUUACAUUUUUAGUUGUCCAAAAACCUAUUCACCCCUGUGUAGCCCCCAAGGUUGUGUUGAAGGUGUUCAAGGUUAAGCUCUUCAUACCAUUUUAUGUAGACGAUUAUCUGUUGUAUCGAUGAGAGAUUUUUAGCCAUGCUAGCAGCGUGGCUCUAGGGAUGGCGAUGUCGGUCCACCACUUCGGUCCAGACUGAAAUAUCUGAAGAAGUAUUGGAUGAAUUACCAUGAAAUUUUGUAUAGACAUUCCUGUUCCCAGAGGAUGAAUCCCUCUGACUUUGGUGAUCCCCCUCACUUUUUAUGUAGCGCCACCAUGAAGUUCACAUUUUUGGCUUUUAGUGAAAUAUCUCAACAACCGUUGGAUGGAUUUUCAUGAAAUUUACAACAGAUAUCCUAAUGAAAGUUUUCAUUUAUCCUGUGAAAUAUCUCAGCAUCCACUGGUUGGCACAAAAAUGGCACAGAUAUUCAUGGUGUCCAGAGGAAGAAACCUAUUUACUCUGCUGAUCCUCUGACUUUCCAUGUAGCGCCACCAUCAGGUCGACAUGUUAACGCGUCCGACACUUUGUUUUCUGACCAAAUACCUGCAGAGCUGAUGGCGCUCCCAUCAGCCUCAGCUGGACUCUGUGUUUACUGCUAACUAGCUAAUGUUAGCAUGCUAAGACGCUAAACUAAGAUGGUGAACAGCAUUUAGCUGUGCUGAACAGACAGACGUGCUAGCAUGGCUGUAGACUCUUAGUCUGGUACUCAUGGGACAGGACGAAAUUCUUAAAUAAGAAUAUAAUAGUAAUGCGCCUCAUGAACCAAGGAUUUUGUUAUUAAUACAUUUCUGCAUAGACCUCCAGUGACGUCCUAUAAUAGCGAAAUACAUGUGCACCGUUGUGGGGGUGAAUAUGUUGUUGGGCGACUAUAAAACAAGCUGUUACAGGUGUCUUUUUUUUCAUAUCAUAUGGACUCUUGUAACUGAAUCAGCAUAUCUGACACAACACCUAAUUUUCUGACAUCAGCUGUACAAACUGCCUUCAUUCAGAAGAUCCCAGAAAAAGGAAGCAGCGAAAAUCUCUGUAACAUUUCCACAUGUUUGGCCACAGUGUUGUCUGAUAAAUGUCAUUUGUGUCUAAUGAAGAGUUUAGCCAUUCGAACAUGGCAGGAAAAGACUGGCCAGGGAUGCAAUUCUAACAGAAAACGGCAACUAAUAUGUCCCCAGUUCCUUAUAAGUCCAUUUGUUGUGUGUUUUGUUGUUUGUCGGCUUACUCGGGUGGAUGUUCUUCUUCUUUCAACAUGUUAGCCUGUGUUCACUCAUGGAUAGAGCAGAGUAGUCAUUCACUCUCUUCACUCAACACGUUUUUUCUUUGAACGAGCCCGAACUUGUGUUCCAGACAAACUGGACCUUUCCCUCUGUACAGUAGGUACCUCGAGUGCCUUUCUUCAAACAGCAGAUAAUAUUUGUCUCUUGACUUGCACUGUGACUUGUAGAACCUUACUAACCCUCCAGAUAACCCUCCCACCCGACCCGACCCGCCCUCCUCCGGUCUGUCCCGUCCCACCGAGCUCCCCGAAACUCCGGAGCGCAGACCCGGUCCCUUCACCUCAGGCUGCCAGUAGUCAAUGCAAGUUGAAACUACAUUUCAUAUUAUGCCGUUUAGAUUGACCAGAUAGUGUUUUGUUGUUCUUUAUUAUAGGAGUUGCCUUAAAUGUGUUUUAUUUUCCUUUUUACGUGAUUAACUUUUACAUUAGGAAAGAAAAUCACUGCAGACGCUGGCGAAGCUCAGAGGUAGUUUGGUGAAAAUCUGGCGCUCAGCCGUCGAUGAAAUGCUCCAAAGAGGGAUUGUCGAUGAUGAGAUCUUUCGCUCGGUGCGACCGUCAGUUGUUUUGUGAUGCACUUUUGGUUUGACCAGUAUUAUUGUCAGAGUGUAAAAACGGGAUCCGUCAGCAACACGAAUCGCAGUCACGAAUCUCGCUCCGGGUUCGGGUUCCUGGUUAGACUCGGGAGCUCUUGGUUUUCCUUUGACUCGUUCAUCGUUCAUGUGCUGUGGUUCUUCUUCUUCUUGUGUUUCGGAGGAGGGAUGAGUUUGCUAAAUCAGGUCAUGUGAGCCGGAGCCUGUGUGCAUUUGGAACGAACAAACUAACCUGCACCCUGAUGGACAGACUUAGACCCAAUUAGCAACAUCUGUCCACUCAGUCUGGUGGGACGCAUGCCUUCUUAUGCAAAUUUUUAUACAAGAUUUGUCAAACCUUUUUAAUAUGCAUUUGCUUUUGUUUUUUUAAGUUUUUUUAUGUGAAACUCAAGUCACCUUUUUUUCUUUGAACAUUCUGGCAUCCCGAUGCCAAACGUGUGCACAGUUGAACAGUUCGGUAGCCAUCCACGUUGGAAGGGAAACACUUCUUCCUGACAUCAUGAUUUACGGACGGAGCUGAGACGGUUUUGGCUCCUUUAGUUUAGAUUUUAAUUUGAACUUGGCUAAUGCACCAUGCUGAAUGUUGGGAUCCCAGCAGGGCUGUGGGGGGGGGGGGGGCCUGGCCUCGAUAAGUCUUAAUGUCUAAAUUGUCCUCUUCUAGAGAAAAGUCCUCGGUUUCCAUUUAGUCGAGCUCUAAACGUGAAUUUAUCCAAAGAACACUGCAAAUGUGCAUUUCUGUUUGGAAGCCUCUCAUGUAGAUGCUGCAUAUCAAAUUAAUUUCUGCGUCAGCAUCGUGUGCAUUCUCCAAGCUGGAAAAGGAGCGUCAGUCAGCAGCUGAGAGCUGUUCGGUUUGUGUUUGAGGAGGUCUUAUAUGCAUUCAAAAUGUUCAUCUCCACUUCCCUCCGCGGUAAAGUAGUUCAGUCCGACUCGAGUCUUUUCAGUUUUUAGUUUUUAAAAACGAUCAAGUCAUGAUUGUGGCCUUCUAGUAUUCUGUCGAUACAUGACAUCAACCCAUCGUUACCGCUCACCAUCCAUCCUGUCCGAACCCAACUGUACACCUGAAGCUUCUUACCUCAUCCACAGCUGAUUCCAUUGGGGGUGUGUUGAGUGCAAAAAAAAAAAAUGAAUAAAAAAUAAAAGAAGUCUUUUUUUAUCUUCCAUUCGGUGAGAUGCAUUGUAGCGAUAUGAAUAAAGAAAAAGUUCACCUGGUGUGCUGAAUAAUGUGUAAAUUGGUAAUUACACAAUCUGAAUAUUUGUAUAAUUGUUUGUAUUUUUUCAUAAUGAUUUUGGAAAGGAAUGUGUUUAUUUUUUUGACUUCUGUUCCAGAUGUGUCUUCUGUUGGCCUGACAUUGUGACUGGUCUGGUGGGAUUCUUACCUCUGUAUUGAGCCUCUUCUGUGAUGAAUUCUUUGUAUGCAGUGUUUAGGAAAUACUGUAGGGAACAUGGGGAGGAGUUGAUAUUAGGAGCAUUUGAUCAAUUUGUAUUUAUUUAUUUUAUCAUUUUGUUAAUAAAUUGUGAAAAGCA